GGACAGUUUCGGGCGGAGCCGAGGAGGAGCGCAUUAUAUUAGGGUGCAUCUAGCAGAGCGAGCUGGGUUACUGCUCUGCCUCAGGUCGGCAUUUCGUCACCACACUGAGGGAGUCCGCCGAACUAAAGGAACACUGUACGGGAAAUAAAUCAGAAUGCCGGCGAAACAAGACGAAGGUGGAUGGAAGAAGUUUGUGUGGGACUCUGAGAAGGGGGAGCUGCUCGGCCGCACGGGGGGCAGUUGGUUCAAAAUUAUUGCCUUCUAUGUGGUCUUCUAUGGCUGCCUGGCUGGAAUCUUCAUCGGAACCAUCCAAGCCAUGCUGCUCACUCUGAGCAACUACAAACCCACCUGGCAGGACAGAGUCGCCCCCCCUGGCCUCUCACACACCCCGCGAUCAGAAAAAUCUGAAGUGUCCUUCAGCAUGAACGACGUGGAGACCUACCUGCCUUACACCAAGGCCCUGAGGGACUUCAUGUCCAAGUAUGACGAAAAAUACCAGACGGACAAGAUGCAGUUCGAGGACUGUGGAGUGGAUCCAGGAGAGUACAAGAACCGAGGCGAGUUGGAGAGCGAUGCCGGCAUCAGGAAGGCCUGUCGUUUCUCCAGGACCCAGUUGGGCCCCUGCUCCGGCCUUGAAGACCCAGACUUCGGUUUUAAGGAGGGCAAGCCCUGCUUCAUCGUCAAGCUCAACAGGAUCGUCAACUUCCGCCCAAAGCCUCCUACUUCUAACGGGAGUAUCCCUGAAGAAGCUCAGUACAAGGUGCAGCCCAAUGUCAUCCCCAUCUACUGCACCAACAAGAGAGAGGAAGAUGCCGGUAAAAUCGGAGAGAUUAAGUACAUCGGUAUCGGCAACGGCUUCCCCCUCCAGUACUACCCCUACUACGGCAAGCUGCUCCACCCUCACUACCUCCAGCCACUGGUGGCUCUGCAGUUCACCAACCUGACCUUGAACACUGAACUGCGCAUCGAGUGCAAAGUGUACGGAGACAACAUCGACUACAGCGAAAAGGACCGCUACCAGGGACGCUUCGACAUCAAGCUGACCAUCAGUAAUUUAUGACCGGCGUCAGGACCUUAGCACUUUCCCUGCCCCCUCCUCCUUUCCUCUGCCCCUUUUUGUCCUGAACUAAAUAACAAUAGUCAUGUAGAAGAUUAUAAGUAAGGGGGAUAGUCUGUAGCGGUUAAGUCAAUCACAAAUAGUCUUGAAUGAAUAAAUGACAGAAAAAACCUGAUAGGGGACCGAUGUAAUCUUCCUGCUUCCAUCACUAGCUUCUACACUUCUGUCUAGCUUAAUUUAGAGGACAAAUAGCAAUAUGCCUAAUAAAAAUAUUUAUUCAGCUGUAAAUGAGACUUUUCUCCAAGCCAUGGGACAUUGUUCAUCGAUGAGUGUAGAGUCCAUCUCUGACCGUCUGUCCCUCCGCACAUCGCUGCCUUCGUGGUUCCAGUAGAUCUUUUUGGCGUUAGUUGCAGAAUCUGGUCCUUCCACACUACACAGUUCCUCAUUUUCUUCUGUGGGCAAGCUUUAGCAGUUGUAGGCAUGUGUGUGUCCGAUGUAUACACACACUCCAAUUUCGUAGAUGAUUGACAUUAGUACUCUUCUGAUCUGUGUAAGGAAAAGGCUGCACUCCAGGGAACUUCUCUCCUCUUUUUAUUCGUCUUUUGCAUCUGAUCACGAGGGACUCUUUUACUCUGCCUUUUUUCUAUUUUUUCUUUGUUAAAUCAUUUCAAUGUUUGCGGGGUUUUAUUACGUGGUGUCAUGCCUUUUACUUUUGAUUUUGCCUUUUGGAUGUAGAGUUGUGUGUACAGCCUGUUAGACACUGCCCACUGUACGGCGCUAACUCGAGAUUUUCUUUUUGCUGGAUCCAUCACAGCAUUGUGGUGUCACUCUGAAUGUUUUAGCCAUUAAACGUGGUGGAAUAAUUUUAUAUUUAUGCAGUUGUACAUUUUGUUUCUUUGCAGAAUAUUGUAAUGUAUAAAUGCAAAACCAAAGUGACAGUUUGGAAGAUGAGAAGAGCGCAUCAGAAGCAAUGCACUACUUGUGAGGCUCUCAUCCUGUUAGUGCUAAAGUCAAUGUCUCGCCUUGCAACCUCAGUGGUUACCUCCUUUUGUUUUGGCCAUGAAUGUAGUUAGGUGUAGAAUGAAUUUGAACUCCAUUGACCUGAUUUAAUGCAUUUCUAAAAAGAUGAGUUCCUACCGAGCUCAGUGGCUUUAGAUGAUCAAUGAUGAUGACUUUAAUAUUCCAUAGGAUCUCAUUUUGAUGUGCAACACUCACCUUAAAUGUCAGUCCACUUUCCAUCAGUUCAUCCAGCUUUGUCAUUUAAUCAAAGAUAGAAACAAAUAAAAAUCAUAAUGGAU